AUGUUCCGUCAAGCGCAUGUUCUUUCGCGAGCUUCAGCUCGUCUGCUGGGAUAUCAGAGAGGCGGGGAAAUGAAGCCUGACUACUCGAUCGACACGGGGCCGAUGGUGCCCGGUCGCAAGAGGAGCAAGCCGAGCAAGGGCGGCAAAAAUAACGACAGCGAAAAGACUCCCUUUCUCUUUCCGAGAUGGGAGACGAAAUAUGUCGACAGCAUUGAUGUUCUUGACGCUGUUGGAACAAACAUCCGCAUCGGCGCUCGUUUCAACAACAUCAUCGACAUUCGCGCCUGUCCGAAUCAAGAUGUCAACAAAGACUUCGCAACCGACAAGGCGCGUUUCAGCUACGACGGAUUGAGCAAGGCUAGAAUCACCGAACCAAUGAUUAGGAAUCCUUCCGGCGCCUUGUCGACCCACGGCUGGGAUGAGAUCCUUCAAACCGCUCUUGCCGGGCCGUUUACUGAUGCAGAGACUUUGACAGUGACGCGCGAUUUGCUCAACAUUUUGGGCUCAGAGAGUUACUUUACUGAAGAAUACUGCGCCGUCAACACGGAUUUUAGGAGUCAUUAUCUGAUGAACAUGCCUCUUACUGGAAUCGAGUAUGCGGACUGCAUCAUAUUAGUCGGCUUCAAUCCUCGUCUGGAAGCGCCACUAGUGAAUACACGAAUCCAGAAAACAUACCACGAGAACAAAUGCAAAGUCGGCAUCGUUGGAUUGAAAAUGAAUCUGGGCUACAGCACCAAACACUUGGGCGCCUCGCCAGACACGAUCUCUGAGCUUGCUGAUGGAACCCACAGCUUUUGCGAGACUCUGUUUAAUUCGAGACGGCCGAUGAUCCUCUGCGGCAGCGGCAUUCAUGCUAGACCUGAUGCGGUGGCGUUCAAUCACGAAAUUCAGCGACUUACCAAUGCGAUCAAGGGCAAUCUUAUUGCGAAUAAAGUUAAUGAGACGGACAUGAUGGGCGAAUUCUUCAUCAACGGAAUCUUCAACACUGUCCAUCUUCACGCGUCGCUCCAGGCAGCAUUGGAUCUCGGUUGGAAAUCGGGUCCUCUCGGAAUCAGACGAACCAAGCCCGACGUUCUCCUGCUCCUGGGCGCGGACGGGCGUAAAGUCUCCAGAGCGGAUUUGUGCAACGAGUACCAAAUCGAGGGUUUCUCCGACCACACGACCGUCAUCUACAUCGGAACACACAUGGACGCUGGCGCCGAGCUCGCCGAUAUCAUUCUCCCCUCGGUCGCCUACACGGAGAAAUCGUCUACUUUCGUCAAUCUCGAAGGAAGGCCACAGCGAACGCGCCAAGUUGUUACUCCACCAAGCGGCGCAAUCGAAGACUGGAAAAUCGUCCAAAUGCUUUCCGAAGAACUGCACACUACGCUUCCGUACGAGACAAUUCAAUCUGUACGAAACAGAAUGUACCAGAUCGCGCCGAACCUCGUCCGAAUCGGCUUCUUCGAGCCGAAUUCAUUCUACGAUGUUGGCUCCAAAUACGCCGAUUUGAAGCUGGGCGACUCGCGGGAGCAAAUUCGAAAUGAUGUUGUGCUCAAAUCGACCAGACGAGCUUCCGUUGCUGCUGAUUACUGGAUGACAGAUCCAAUCACUCGAAACUCGGAAACAAUGGACAAAUGCGUGCGCCUCGCCGAAGGAAGCUCUUUUGACAACGACAUCGCAAUCAUGAGCUCUUACGGAAACUGA